CUCUCUGCAAAUUAGCCAUAACCUUAAACCCUCAAAACCCAGAACCUAAAGGAAAAUGCUUUCCUCCUCUCCAAUUCCUAUAAACCCUAAACCUAAGAAACCCUGAACCCCAAAACAUGUUCCUCCUCAUCAAUCUCUUCAAACACAAAACCCCAACCCUCAAACCCCUACUACCAUCCCUCCUCUCAAACCUGCCUCCCACCAGGCCCAUGUCCCAGUCCACCUCCAUACCCAAAAAGCUCGAGCGCGUACGUGACCAUGGCUACGACAACUACAUGGAGAUCGAGAAGAAGACCCGCAAGGUCCUUAAGUUCCAGGAACUCAUCCUCUCCCUGCCCAACCAAACCCUCCCCAUCUCUCGCCUCGACCUCCUCGCUCGCCGCCUUGGCUUCAAACAACACGAGUCCGGCGCUUUUGUCCUCAAAUUCCCUCACGUUUUCGACAUUUACGAGCACCCGGUUCAGAGAAUCCUCUACAUUCGAUUGACCCGGAAGGCCCUCUUGCAAAUUGAGCAAGAAAAGCAGGCUCUCCACGCUCAAAUCCCCGACGCCGUGACCCGCCUCCGGAAGCUUGUGAUGAUGUCCAAUACGGGUCGGCUACGCCUCGAACACGUGCGCAUUGCCAGGAAAGCGUUCGGCUUGCCUGACGAUUUCGAGUACUCGGUAAUUCUCAAUCACCCUCAAUACUUUAGAUUGUUCGAUGCUAGAGAGACUAGGAAUAAGUACAUUGAGAUUGUUGAGAGGGAUGAGAGUUUAGCGGUGUGCGCGAUAGAGAAAGCUAGGGAGAGAGAGUAUAGGGAGAAAGGGAUUGAUGCCGAGGAUAUCAGGUUUUCGUUUAUUGUGAAUUUCCCACCUGGGUUUAAGAUUGGCAAGUAUUAUAGGAUUGCGGUGUGGAAAUGGCAAAGGGUUCCGUAUUGGUCGCCUUAUGAGGACGUGUCAGGGUAUGAUUUGAGGUCAUUGGAGGCGCAGAAACGAAUGGAGAAGAGGGCCGUGGCAACAAUUCAUGAAUUGUUGUCAUUGACGGUGGAGAAGAAGAUUACGUUGGAGAGGAUUGCACAUUUCAGGUUGGCAAUGAAUCUGCCGAAGAGGUUGAAGGAGUUCCUUCUUCAGCAUCAGGGGAUAUUUUAUAUUUCAACAAGGGGGAACCAUGGGAAGCUGCAUACGGUUUUUCUUAGGGAGGCGUAUAAGAGGGGUGAGUUGAUAGAGCCGAAUGAUUUGUAUUUAGCACGUAGGAAGCUGGCCGAUUUGGUCCUGUUGAGCCCGAGGAAGGCAAAUUUGGACAGGGAAUUGGUUAAUUAUAGGAGAGAUAGAGAAGAUGAAAUGGAGCACAGUAGAAGCAAGUUUGUGGAGAAUGAUUUUCGAAAUUUUGCGGUUGAGGACAAUGUUGGGAAAGAUGGGGAGGGGGAGGAUGAUUUGGACAUGCAUGUGGGUUCUGAUGCUGGCUCUGAUUUUACAGAUGAGGAUGAUGAUUGCCUUGAAACUGCGGAUACGGGUCGAGCUCAGUAACGCGAGCUCGUAACCAAGUAGGACAUUAAUGCGGUUGAAAAUAUGGAAGUGGGCAUAGGUUGUGGGUGACAUGCAAGGUUAAUUCACCAUAACAUGAGGUCUUAUAUCCACACCCCCUACCCUUGGGGUUUAAGGGCCCCCGCCCACUUCGGGGUGAGUAGCUUGCUCCAAACAUGAAGUUGUACACAACUACAGGCCACGAAUCAAUUGCGUAUUCAUCCCAGCGUGCUGCCUGGGUUCUCCUGCUUACCAACAACCACUUUUUUUAAAUUCUUAUAAAAAAAAAAAAAACUGCGGAUACGGAGGAUGUCCCUGUGAAUGAGUAACUGAAAUAAAACUGAUGGCAUGAGGAUUAUUUUA